UCCCGGAAAUGAGUCUCUGCAAGUUGGGAUGUCUGAAAUUGUAAGUAAUUAGGUAUUUAUUUAUUUCAUAGUGUAUAUAUUUAGUCGUUAAAUUCCUCCAUGAGCUAGAAGAGAAUACCAUCCCUAGAAUGUCCAUCCCUCUACAAAUAAUGGGUCCUGAUUUUUCCCGCUUUUGUCUGCUGCGAGAGAUAACUUACUUGAAAAAUGCAACUUUGAAAAAUAACAAGUCGCUGCUUAUUUUGUCCAAUCACACAACUUGAGAGUAAGUACAACCGUUGACGUUAAAAUUUCAUAAACCAAUGACCAAGGAAUAAAUAGUGAUUGACAGGUGUCUUCAUUACGUAUAGCCAAUUAACAUACAAAGGGGAGGGUCAACCUUUAAACUUGCUAUUUAAACCAGAAUAUGUAUUAUUUGAAAGAUUUUGGCAGUUAACCGUUGCAAGUAACAGCGCCAAGGCAGUCAUUUAGCCCCUUAAAGUUAGCUAAGUAGUUAACAGAAACGUUGUUUUCAUUCUCAUAACUCACAUUUUUUUUAUAGAAAUUUCAUAAAAAUGCGUGAGUGCAUCUCCAUUCACGUCGGCCAGGCCGGAGUUCAGAUCGGAAACGCUUGCUGGGAGCUCUACUGUUUGGAGCAUGGUAUCCAGCCAGAUGGCCAAAUGCCCAGCGACAAGACAAUCGGUGGAGGAGAUGAUUCCUUUAACACCUUCUUCAGCGAAACCGGAGCGGGGAAACAUGUGCCCCGUGCUGUAUUUGUGGACCUCGAACCAACGGUUGUUGACGAGGUCCGCACGGGGACUUACAGACAGUUGUUCCACCCCGAGCAGCUGAUAACAGGCAAGGAGGAUGCCGCUAACAAUUACGCGCGUGGCCACUACACCAUCGGGAAAGAGAUCGUUGAUCUGGUGCUGGACCGAGUCCGCAAACUGUCGGACCAGUGCACGGGGCUGCAGGGGUUUCUGAUCUUUCACAGCUUUGGUGGAGGAACUGGCUCCGGCUUUGCCUCUCUGCUGAUGGAGCGCCUGUCUGUAGACUACGGCAAGAAAUCCAAACUGGAGUUUGCCAUUUACCCUGCACCUCAGGUUUCCACAGCUGUUGUGGAGCCCUAUAACUCCAUCCUGACCACCCACACCACCCUGGAGCACUCUGACUGUGCCUUCAUGGUGGACAACGAGGCCAUCUACGACAUCUGCCGCCGCAAUCUGGACAUCGAGCGACCCACCUAUACAAACCUGAAUCGCCUGAUUGGACAGAUCGUCUCCUCCAUCACUGCCUCUCUGCGAUUCGACGGGGCCCUGAACGUGGACCUGACCGAGUUCCAGACCAACCUGGUGCCCUACCCCCGCAUCCACUUCCCCCUGGUGACCUACGCCCCGGUCAUCUCUGCUGAGAAGGCCUACCACGAGCAGCUGUCGGUGGCAGAAAUCACCAACGCCUGCUUUGAGCCAGCCAACCAGAUGGUGAAGUGUGACCCUCGUCAUGGUAAAUACAUGGCCUGCUGCAUGCUGUACCGUGGUGACGUGGUGCCCAAGGACGUCAACGCUGCCAUCGCCACCAUCAAGACCAAACGCACCAUCCAGUUUGUAGACUGGUGUCCCACAGGCUUCAAGGUGGGCAUCAACUACCAGCCCCCUACCGUGGUUCCUGGAGGAGACCUGGCCAAGGUCCAGAGGGCUGUGUGCAUGCUGAGCAACACCACUGCCAUCGCUGAGGCCUGGGCCAGGCUGGACCACAAGUUUGACCUGAUGUAUGCCAAGAGAGCCUUUGUGCACUGGUACGUGGGCGAGGGCAUGGAGGAGGGGGAGUUCUCUGAGGCCAGAGAAGAUCUAGCGGCCCUGGAGAAGGACUACGAAGAAGUGGGGGUGGACUCUGUUGAGGGAGAGGCUGAGGAGGGAGAAGAGUAAACAUGGCGGAUUUUAUUUGAAAAUGUCUUGGUUUUUAC